CGAGCCGUGGAAUCAACUGCUCUAGGAAGGAAAAUCCGCAAUUGAGUUCAAUGGCAGCGUGCCAUGCGUCCAGCACGAGCUUGAAAUUCGCCACCUGUUCACUAAUCGCAUCACACCACUUUGUCGGGCUUGAUAAGGCUGGUUGAUUAAGUGAGAAACAGACGUUGAAAUGGCCCCCAUCAAUGGAAGUCUAAAUUCCGACAGUCGAAAGCUGGUGAGAGUGCAGAGUGACAACGUGCGUUACAACAAUGACUUCAUCGAGGCUGACUACGAGUACCAGACUACCAGGGUCACGAAGCAGGGUGAAACGAUCGUGGCGACACCUGUCACAACCAGUUAUCAAUUUCGCACGCAACGACAUGUGCCCCGGACGGGCUUGAUGCUGGUAGGGUGGGGCGGCAACAACGGCAGCACCCUGACGGCCGCCCUGCUCGCCAACAAACACCACCUUUCGUGGCAAACCAAGGAUGGCGAGCGACACGCAGAUCUGCUGGGUUCCAUCACGCAGAGCAGCACCGUCCCCCUGGGCGAUGGGGUGCACGUGCCCCUGAACAGCAUUUUGCCCAUGGUUGACCCCUGCGACCUCCAUUUGGAUGGCUGGGACAUUUCCGGCGUCGACCUAGCCGGUGCCAUGGCCAGGGCAAAGGUCAUCGACUGGCAGUUGCAGCAACAGUUGGUGUCUAAAAUGAGCCAGAUGAAGCCCCGACCGGCGGCCCACAUUCCGGGAUUCGUGGCGUCCAACCAAGAAAUGCGAGUGGACAACGUUAUUCCAGGAGACCGGCAAGCAAUGGUGGAACAGCUGCGAAAGGACAUAAGAGACUUCAAAGAAAGUCGCCAAUUGGAAACGGUGGUUGUCGUGUGGACGGCGAACACGGAGCGUUUCAGCGACAUCCGUGCCGGUCUGAACGACACAGCCGACAACCUGAUGGCCGCCAUCAGGGCAAAUCACAGUGAAGUGGCGCCGUCAACUUUGUACGCCGUGGCCAGCAUUCUCGAGGGGUGCACUUAUAUCAACGGUUCGCCGCAAAACACAUUUGUGCCUGGUUGCGUGGAGUUGGCCGAAAAACACGGCACCUUCCUCGGUGGCGACGACUUUAAGUCCGGACAGACCAAACUCAAGUCGGUCCUCGUCGACUUUUUGGUCAGCGCCGGAAUCAAACCGGUCUCGAUCGUGAGCUACAACCACCUGGGAAACAACGACGGAAAAAACCUGUCCGACCCUCUACAGUUCAGGUCAAAAGAGAUUUCAAAAAGCAAUGUGGUAGAUGACAUGGUUGAGUCUAAUCAGAUUUUGUAUAAACCGGGAGAGAAGCCAGAUCACUGCGUCGUCAUCAAAUACGUCCCUUAUGUUGGCGACAGCAAGCGUGCGAUGGACGAGUACACGUCCGAGAUCAUGCUGGGCGGGCACAACACCAUCGUGGUGCACAACACGUGCGAGGACUCGCUGCUGGCGUCGCCGCUGAUCCUCGACCUGGCCCUGUUGGCCGAGCUGUGCGGCCGCAUCACGGUGGCGAAACGCGACGAGCAAAACGGCACCUCCGAGCACCGGCCGCUGCGCUCCAUGCUGUCCAUCCUGAGCUACCUGUGCAAGGCCCCGCAGGUGCCGGAGGGUGCGCCCGUCGUCAACGCACUGUCCAAGCAGCGCGCGUGCAUCGAGAACGUGCUGAGGGCCUGCGUCGGACUUGCCCCCACCAAUCACAUGCUUCUGGAACACAUGGUGCGAUUUCCGGCCGCGAAAAUUAGUGGCGCCAACCCUCUGACCUCCAAUGGAAGCGUUGCCAAUGGCCACUAACAACGAAAAAUUAUUACACAAUACAUAAAAAAAUUUGUAAAUGUUUAUUAUGUAUGCACUAUGUUGCAGGGAUAAUUAAUCUCUUCUAAUUUAGUACCUCCAAAAUGCCAUUAUUUUUCCCAUAUGGGAAAAAUUAAAGAACGUUUAACAAAUCCUUAACGAUUAUUUAGAUUAUUUCAUGUUUACAUAAACUAUCUGUUUCAUUAAUUUUAACAGAGAGUGGUUUUUAUCCCAAUAAUAUUUGAUUAAUUUAUAAUCGGUUUUUCAAAUUGCAUGUUUUGCAAGCAUUUCUGUACAAGAAAUUAAUACAGUAUAGGCUUUAUACAAUUUAGUUUGGAAAUUAAUUUUAUUGGUGUACCACAAGGCAAUCUCUGCCAAUAACGAGAUGCAUCAUCCAACUAUUCAAAAAUAGUAAAUGAAAAUACAAUAAUUCAACAAAAGAAAAAUACGCAUUUUGGUAAGGGGACUUGUGGUUAGCAUGAAAAAAAAUGUCAAGAUCGGACAGAACUAGGAAAUUUUCCCUGAGAGUAAAAAGUACCAAAUUUAUGGAACUGUAUGUUUUUAACUAUAUUGCUUCACUUUCAAAGUAUAAAAUUACGUUUCCAAGGUUUAUGUUAUGUUGAAAUAAAAGUUACUUCUUUUUUGGCUACCCCAUAUCACAAGAAUAUAAGGAAAACAAUGUACCACGAUGUACAUCAAACUUGUUAGCAUUGUAGAAAUGUUGACUUUUUCUUUUUUCAAAUGAAAAACUGUAAAAUUGUUCACGAUUUGCAAUCGUGAAAAUGUGUUCAGCCCAAGAGUCGAUGACGCUUUAAAAUUAACGAAAUUAACAACAGCUAGGAAACAAUCACAUAAAAUUGCACGAAAAAUGUUCUUAAUUAGUAAAAUAAAAUUAUUGUUUAAUGCACAUUA